AUGGCAUCUGCCAGGAUGAAAAGCCUUGAUGGGACCAUACAGGAUCUGAACGUCGGUCCCAAUCAUGUCAAUCAGCGCCAGAAUAAUCUACCCCUACCUUCCAGACCCAAGAAUGAAGCAAAUUUGAAAUCUAAGGAUUCAGAACCGCCGCCGGGGCAGACUCUUACAGGAAAACAAGAGCAUUAUCUCAAGAGAGAAUUGAUAUCGGGACAGGUGGUCUAUGAGAUAUCAGAGCUAGCUUCCACGACCGCUCUCCAGCGCUUCGGAGCGCCUUUCAGAUCAGAAUUCGGAGAGGUCGCCCCAGUCGACUCAGAUCUACCCUUACUCCGGUACAUUUUUGUUCACCAUGUCCGGAACUUCCCAUUCCUUGAUCAGGCCAGAGAGAAGGAGUUCUGGCAAGACAAACUCCAAGUAUUUCUCGAAAGCUUUGCUGGCAAACACAUCUCGUCUAGCGAGGAUAGACUGGAAGAAACUAAGAGGAGGAAGCUUGCAAUAAAGGCACAAAAGCUGGUGGAAUUGAUGAUGGUGUCCGGUAUACCUACAGCGUCUGGCUAUGAGGAACGCAUACGGUUCUCAGAGCUUGAAGUGGUGGACCGGGGCGCCAAUGAACAAGGCUUGUUAGUGAAUGCGCCUGAAGGCAACUCGAUCAAUGGCUGGGAUGUGAACGUAGCUGGUGUGAGGACAACGUCUGUGAAGCGGACAGUGCGAUAUCAUCAGCAUGCGGAGUUUCUGAUACGAGUCAAACAAGCCGGCAAACCAGAUAUCUACGUAGGCCGAAGAUACGGAGAAUUUUCAAAGUUGCAUAAGCGUCUGCGAACCGAACUUCCGGGCAAAGUUCUAGCUCCAUUACCUCGAAAGAACAAAAGCCACACAACGUCAACGUUCCUCGGCGCUGGUGGCGAUGACGAUGCUUCAUCAGUCUCAUCGGUAUCUACCCAAAACACCCAAGCAGCCGGUCCAGAUGAGAGUAGCUCUUUUCUCCACCUGAUGGGGAGGGGACAUUCUCGCUCUACAUCAGCCCAGUCCCGUUCACCAAGAGCUUCUAGCGAUUUCACUAGAGAGAAGGUUGUUUUAUAUCGAGAGGAUCAACGAGUCUCCCUGAGAGCCUUCUUGCGGACGUUUCUCCAGAACCCGCAGAUAGCCGAGUCAAAGGCAAUGCAGGAGUUCCUUACGGGUCAUACUGUCAAACUUAAUGAAGAAGAGAUGAUUGAUAUUGAAAAACGGAAAACGAUGGACGAGAAACGGAUUGAAGAACAGAAACGCUUUUACGAGAUUGCCAGAGAACGUGCCCGGGACUUAGAUAUUUACAUGGAGAGAUUCAGGCGGGACAUUGUCGAGCGCAAUGGACUCACCAAGUUGUUCAAGGAGAUCAAAGAUAAAGAGGAGAUUGCCGAUCUGAGCGUGGAAUACCAGAAAUUUGCUGAAUGGCUGCGAAUAGAGGUUGCCGCAACAAUCUAUCAUAUCUUCCUCGCUGAGGAUAAUUCUCCAGAAGUCUUGGCGCAAGCCAAACGCAUACAUUCUAUGAUACCCUAUGCUGCAUUGAAGCAAGUAAUACGAUUUGCCAACCCAGCAGCAGUGAUGAGCGGUGUUCUCGACCUUUUCCUCGCACAGCCCUUCGGUACACGAUCUCUUGCGCAACGAAUUUUUGGCCUGGCCCUCAACGACGGCAUCAAGUCAUUUCAAAAAUCAAUCGACUCCCUGAUCCUUAAAAUCAACGACCCGAUACUUUGUGAGAAGCUGAAACGCUUUUGUAACGCGGAUGAAGAUACGAAGAACGAAAUACGAAGCGAAGCUGUCGCUGAAGAUAUCGAUUUAAUAGUGGCCAUAUUACGCUCCGAGAAGUUCGCUCCGGAUUUGACGCCUCAGCAGAUUGGGACGGUUUUCAAUGCUUUUGUUGCUUGGAAUAACGCCAUAGACAACAUCGACGAGGAGAUGAAACAAGGCGCCCAACUGUUCGCCUACCUCAAACAGCUCCUAAAGAUGUACACUCGGCAGCGCGACAAAGCCCAAAUGCUCUCGGUGAUCGAAGAACCUGUCACCCUCCACCUCUUCCGCGAUCUCUUCACUAUCUUCUACGAACCCCUCGUCCGUGUCUACAAAUCCGCCAAUGUCUACAGCUCUGUCACUGACUUCGCUUCCUUCGCCGAUGACAUGUUCUCCGUCCUCACCACCGCUCAGCGUCAAGACGUCUCGGCCGAUCCAAACCAAACAGUCCAAUCCUUCAUCGAUCUCUGCGCUCGUCAUCAAGAUAAUUUCUACAAAUUCGUUCACGAAGUACACAUCCACGAUAACGGCUUGUUUACCCAACUGAUGGGCUGGCUUGAAGGUAUCCUCGAGUUCCUCCGCCACGGCCCCAAAGGAGGGAAAUUAGAUAUGAACGCCCUAUUCCAAGGUGCUGUCGACGUAGGCAACAUCGACAAACAAAGUGCCAUCGCCGAAAUCAACGCUCUCAUCAAAUGGCAAGAAGAGCGCAAGAAAUGGCACCAAGACAAAACCCGACAAAAAAUGGCCGUUGACUCCACCUCCUCUCCCAACGGCGGUCCCACGCCGCCUGGUUCGGCCACUUUCCGCAGCAGUGACUUCGGUCUCAACGAGGCCGAUUUGGCAGAUAUGCAGGACGAUGAUGACAGUGACGAAGACGAAGAAGACGAACAGGAUGACGCUGACCCUAUCGCCGGUGAGCGGAAACGGAGAGCGAAGCAAGCUGAUAGGCUGAGGAGAACGGCUGGGGAGCCGGUGAAGCCGGAUGUCACCGAGCUGGUGGGAAUGAGGGAGGGGUUCCUCGCUAUGCUUAGGAUGGUGCUUGCGGAUUGA